CUGGACGGCGGCAGCUGGAGGAGGAGCCGGGGAGGGGACCGCGCUGUCCGGGCUGAGCCGCGCGGGGCCGAGCCGCUGACCGCGGCUAUGCAGCCUUGACGGGGCGCUCCGGUGCGCGGGGACCAGCCGCGGGGCGCUCCCUCCCGGGAAGGGGCGGCCGGCCCUGGUAGCCUACUGUAACCGCCGACUCUCGCCCAGCGGGGAGCAAAGCCCUUGACCAUGGAGCCCGUGACCAAGUGGAGCCCCAAACAAGUGGUGGACUGGACUAGAGGGUUAGAUGAUUGCCUGCAGCAGUAUGUCCACAAGUUCGAACGGGAGAAGAUAAACGGAGAGCAGCUGCUGCAGAUUUCCCAUCAGGACCUUGAAGAGCUGGGGGUCACGCGAAUUGGACACCAGGAACUUGUGUUGGAGGCUGUCGAUCUUCUCUGUGCACUGAAUUAUGGCCUUGAAACCGAUAAUAUGAAGAACUUGGUUCUGAAACUGCGAGCAUCUUCCCACAACUUACAGAAUUACAUAAGUAGCCGGCGGAAAAGCCCGGCUUACGACGGGGACAGUUCCCACAAGCCGCCCAAUGAACUCCUGACCUCCGUGGUGGAGCUGAUAGGUGCAGCGAAGGCCUUGUUAGCUUGGCUGGACCGGGCUCCGUUUACAGGGAUCACCGAUUUCUCAGUAACGAAGAACAAAAUCAUUCAGCUCUGCCUGGACCUGACCACUACAGUCCAGAAGGAUUGCCUUGUAGCAGAAAUGGAGGAUAAAGUUUUAGCCGUAGUCAAGGUUUUAAAUGGCAUCUGUGACAAAACGAUACGAUCUGCUACCGACCCUGUCAUGAGCCAGUGUGCAUGUCUGGAGGAAGUUCACUUGCCAAACGUUAAACCUGGAGAAGGCCUGGGCAUGUACAUCAAGUCAACCUAUGAUGGAUUGCACGUGAUCACGGGAACCACCGAGAAUUCUCCUGCAGACAGAUCUCAGAAGAUUCAUGCUGGUGAUGAAGUCAUCCAGGUUAAUCAGCAAACUGUGGUGGGAUGGCAGCUGAAGAACCUGGUGAGAAAGUUGAGAGAGAAUCCUACCGGAGUCGUCUUACUGCUUAAGAAGCGCCCCACGGGCUCCUUCAACUUCACCCCUGCGCCCCUGAAAAACCUGCGGUGGAAGCCGCCUCUGGUGCAGACCUCGCCUCCACCCACCACAACCCAGUCCCCUGAGAGCACCAUGGAUACCUCGCUGAAGAAGGAGAAACCCGCCAUCUUGGACCUCUAUAUCCCUCCUCCACCAGCCGUUCCCUACUCACCCCGGGAAGAGAACGGGAGUUUUCUUUAUGGAGGAUUCAGUAAGUGUAAACAGCCCUUGCCUGGUCCUAAGGGUUCAGAGUCUCCAAAUUCCUUCUUGGACCAGGAGAGCCGAAGACGGAGAUUCACCAUUGCUGAUUCUGAUCAGUUGCCUGGGUAUUCGGUGGAAACCAAUAUCCUGCCCACAAAAAUGAGAGAGAAAACCCCAUCUCAUGGCAAGCCUCGGCCUUUGUCCAUGCCCGCGGACGGGAGCUGGAUGGGAAUCGUGGACCCUUUUGCCAGACCUCGAGGUCAUGGGAGGAAGGGUGAGGACGCCCUCUGCCGGUACUUCAGCAACGAGCGGAUCCCUCCCAUCGUCGAAGAAAACUCCUCUCCCGCGUACCGUUUCUCAAGGCCCACGGCGGAGAGGCAGCUGGUCCGCGGCGCAGACUACGUCCGAGGGAGCAGGUGCUACCUCAGUCCGGAUCUCCACAGCAGCGCCACCAUUCCGUUCCAGGAGGACGGGACCCGAAAGAAGCCGGGGCUUGCGGCCGCCAAGUCCUCCUCGACAGAACCGUCCCUGCUGGUCAGCUGGUUUACCCGCCUGAAACUGUUGACUCACUGAGCCCUGGCCUCCCCGGACUCUUCCCUGUCCCCUGUUCCCAAGUGCCUUGCUUCCUCCGCUGACAGCCCGUUCUGGUUUUCAUCCACAGUAUUACGUAGUGACCUUACGCAAUUUUGUUGUUGUUUUCUUUCGGAAGUUGUAUACUGCCCUCCUCAGAAUCUCGAAGUCAUUGGAUGAGGACAAAUCCAAGGCUCUUAGGUGUUGGCUUGCGGAGACAGAAGGAGAGAAAUGAGCGGAGUCUGCUUCUCUUGCUUCCUCAGAGUUGGAACACAGAGAUGCUCUGUAAAUUGGUGCCUUCGCCAGGGACGGUAUGGCCAUCACGAGGCCAUUGUUGGUUUGGGGGGCGGGGCUAAAAUCGGUGGCCAGUGGUCACACAGAUGUGUUGGUUUGUGCUCCAGCAGCUUCUUCAUCUGAAAAUAGGCCAAUGGAGGAAACAUUUUUGUACUGAUAUUUUGAGCUACGUACCGUAUCCCUGAGUGUAGCAGCUUUUGACUUUGAAAGUACACAUGGCUUGUAUUCCAUGCAGUUUCAAAGAGGUGGUUUCAGGGGAAGGCCUGUGGCACUUGGUCAUCCCCUUCUCAUAACUCUGUCCAUAGAGAGGUCAGUUAAUGCAGGAACAUGUGAACACACAUAGGUAGGACUUAUUACACACAAAGAAGUUCAUGGUUAUUUGUGAAGGGGUUGUGAUACAUUAUUGUCUUUAAGGGAGAGAAGCUAUAAGAUUUGCUGACAGCCAAAGUAUCAUGCAGAAAAACGAAGCGACAAUAUUUAGGUUUAUGAGAGAUCUACCCAUUUGCAUUUUGACUGUUUAAUGUCUGUCUUCCAGAAAAAAAAAAGGCAGUUCUUCAAAAUUAUACAGAUUUUGCUAAAUAGAACUCCCUUGGAAAGUCUCACGGUCACUCAUUUUCAACUAGCAUCAGGUAUUUUGGAAAAAUGUGUCUGGAUAUUAACUCUUGUUUAAACUGAAUGUAUGAUAUUUUGUUAGAACAGAAAAGUACUAUCUUGUUAAUUUAAGUGUUUUAAAUAUAGUUGUAUAUUUUUCUUACUCUUAGUCACAUGUAAUUGAAAUAUCUCUGUUUUGCGUCAUACAUGAAGUAAAUGAAAAAGAGUGUUCAAGGUGUUUUCAGAUUUACAGGUGACCACUGUGGCCGUUGCCAGUGUGGGCGCUGUCAUUACAAAACAAAAUAAACCUUCCCAAACGUU